UCUUGUCUGCCCAUCGAACUUAUGACGUGCCUUCCAACAUCGACAAUCAUGCUCUCAAACAAACUGGAGAAGGACCUCAGUCAACAGAAAAUGCAGAGACUGGAAGAGAGAUGGAACAAAAUUAGUCUCCUGUGAUCCUAGAGUAUUGAAUUGUAGUCCUGAAAGAGUGAAUGCAUUCGAUCGAGGGCAUUUCAUUGUCAGCACAAAUUUAGACAAAAAUCCGUAAAAGCCAUGCAGUGAGCAUCGGACGUGGCCAAGGGCGUUCCAUUGUCAGCACAUCCUGGACUUAAACUCGGUAAAAGCCAUGUACUAAGCACGGGACGUGGCCAAGGCUCUGGUGCCAGUGAACGCAAAGCUUUGGAUUUGUCUGACAAUUACGGUACGAACAGUGAACAUUAUCUCAAUCCCUAAACCCUGAUUCCACUCCAUUUUUCCUCGUCCUCAGCUUUGAUUACGGGCCAAAGGCGAGUUGCAUCCGAGGAGCUUGGGGAAUUGAAGUGAUCGGCAAAUGAAGAAGCAAAGUUGACUUUGUACGUAAGACGGUCGAUUAGACGCAAUUGGGGAGGAUCUAAAUUAUGGCAAUGUUGGGCCUGCAGAGAUUACGACCCGCCUGUAAUCCUCUCUGCCACGUUUCGAGUCAGACGUCGGCGCAGACCCGCCCGCAGUUUGUAAGAAUGGCCAUCUCUGAGUCCGCAGCAACAGAGGAAAAACAUAUGGCUGUGAAAGUGCCUCGAGUUUUGAGUGUCGCGGGGUCUGAUUCAGGAGGAGGUGCUGGAAUUCAAGCCGACAUCAAAACAUGUGCAGCUCUGGGAGUGUUUUGCACGACUGCCAUCACUGCUCUGACUGCUCAGAAUACGAUUGGCGUGCAGGGAAUUUACCCUGUGUCAGCAGAUUUUUUGGAAAGGCAGCUGAGAUCCGUUCUUUCAGACAUAGGAGCUGAUGUGGUGAAAACUGGCAUGUUGCCAUCAGCCGAUUGUAUAGAUACUCUUUGCUCAGUGCUGGAUUUGUUUCCGGUCCGAGCAGUUGUUGUCGAUCCGGUUAUGGUGGCAACGAGCGGUGAUGAACUUGCAGGCGCUGGAAUUUUAGAUGCUCUUAGGAAGAAGCUUCUUCCCAAAGCAGAGGUUGUGACACCAAACCUGCCGGAAGCAUCAAUGCUGCUUGAUGGAGCUUCAGUUGGCACGUUGGAAGAAAUGCGGAAAGCCGCUGCGGAAAUUCAUAAGAUGGGCCCGCGGUACGUAUUGAUCAAAGGUGGACAUUUAUCAGGCUCUGACGACAUAGUUGAUAUUCUUUAUGAUGGGUCAGAGUGUCAUGAGUAUCAUGGUCUACGAGUGGAAACCCGUAACACGCACGGCACUGGAUGUAGUCUUGCCUCAGCAAUCGCAGCCGAGCUUGCCAAAGGAUCACAUGUCAGGCAAGCUGUCCAGGCCGCGAAGACAUAUGUGGAGAAAACUCUGCAGAAAAGUGCUAAACUGACUAUAGGUAGUGGUGCGCAAGGUCCUCUUAAUCACGUGCAUCAACUGAACCACUGGGAGAGUCUCGGGGAGCCGCACUUCAGACCAAACCACCUUCUACUUUAUGCUGUCACUGAUUCGUCCAUGAAUAAACAGUGGGGGCGCUCCACGUCAGAGGCUGUGCAAGCAGUGAUAGAGGGAGGGGCAACCAUCGUGCAAAUACGAGAGAAAGAAGCUGAUUCUGGAGAAUUUCUUGAGGAAGCAGAGGCGUCGCUGAAAAUUGCGCGCAAGUACGGCGUACCUUUGGUGAUCAACGACCGGAUAGACAUAGCUUUGGCCUGUGACGCAGAUGGAGUUCAUUUGGGUCAGUCUGAUCUACCCAUCAGUCGCGCAAGAGCCAUUCUGGGCCCUAAGAAAAUAAUUGGAGUAUCAUGUAAGACACCAGAACAAGCAAUGCGAGCCUGGGAAGAAGGUGCAGAUUAUAUAGGAUCAGGGGGUGUUUAUCCUACAAAUACAAAACAAAAUAACAAAACCAUUGGAGUCGAAGGGCUCAGGAAAGUAUGCGAGGCUAGUCCCCUUCCUGUGGUCGCCAUUGGUGGCAUCAAAGACCACAAUGUGAAGGAGGUUAUGGCUUCACCCCGCCCUGAACAAUUACAAGGUGUUGCAGUUGUGUCAGGUUUAUUCAACCAACCGGACGUUGUAGUAGCCACUCAGAAGUUUCGAGCUAUUCUUGCAGAUGCUCUGGAUGAUUCAUAUUCACGAGUUGUUUAGUCAAUGUUCGUUGAUGCGUAUACCAAUUUCUCUAUGUUAUGUAGUUACUCUUUUAUGAAGACCACUUGCCUUUACUUCGUUGCUAUAGCACAUGAAGCAGAAAGUUUUGUUAGGCAGAUGCAAAGGUUCCACACUAUCAGUAGUGAGGAGCUUAUAAACAGAGAGUGACAAGCACUGCAACACGCGAGAUACUAGAGUUGUCUUGCUGAUGGCACAAUUCUUACAUCUAGACCAUACACUUGAUGAAGGCAGAUGACUUGUGUAGGAAUUGCUCAGUAGGGCUAAGACCAUGUAUAGUUGUGUACCAAAUGUACAUCGAAUUUGAAAGUGGAUAAUGAUUGUUCGAAAGGAAGCCAUCCUCGUAGCAA